AUGGUAGCAUUUCUGAGAGGGCCUACUCUUAGUUGGGCAUUAGGAGAGCUAAACAUCAUCACAGCUUGGGAGACCCUGCUGAAGGAUACACCUCCGCUGUACUUCGCAAUCUCGGAAGAACCAAACUUACACGUUGCGGAUGACACAAACUUUGGGCGAAAAACUUUUCUGGAAGCUGACGUGAAAACGACCUGGCAUGUGCUUUUGCGCGUCAUUGAAGGAAGGGAUCUAAAGACCGGGUCACUAAGGGUCCGGGCGUACUUGGAGGGAAUGCAGAAAUGUACUCGCGUGUGCUCACAAGGAGCUCCUAGAUGGAAGCAAAACCUAGUAUUCAUGCUCAAAGAUACCACUUUACAAAAACUUGCUUCUCAGACUUUGGCAAUUAAAGUAACGCGUGCAAAACGAUUUUCUGAGAAAGUCAAAGGAGAAUUUUUCUGCCUUGUGGGUGCCAUCAUUCACUCUCCCGGUCAAGCUGUUAUCUCAAAGUGGAUCGCCAUGAGAGCUCCAUUUGAUGAAGACGACGAUGAAGCAGUGCAUGAAAACUGCGGAUUUUUAAAGGUAUCAUUGUGCGUGUUUGGUAUGGAUACAUGCCCUCCAAGGAUGAACGAUGAUAUUGUUUGCGAUGAAAUAUGGAAUGGCGCCCAAUUGGAGGAGGCAUCUCUGCGAGUGAGACUUUUCCGCCUACAUCAAAUUGCCGAAGAGAUUCACCGUCAGAUAGAUUCAAACAAAGGAAAGCCUAUAAAGUUUUCCAUUAAGGUAACGCGUGCAAAAAGAUUUUCUGAGAAAGUCAAAGGAGAAUUUUUCUGCCUUGUGGGUGCCAUCAUUCACUCUCCCGGUCAAGCUGUUAUCUCAAAGUGGAUCGCCAUGAGAGCUCCAUUUGAUGAAGACGACGACGAAGCAGUGCAUGAAAACUGCGGAUUUUUAAAGGUUUCAUUGUGCGUAUUUGGUAUGGACACAUGCCCUCCAAGGAUGAACGAUGAUAUUGUUUGCGAUGAAAUAUGGAAUGGCGCCCAAUUAGAGGAGGCGUCUCUGCGAGUGAGACUUUUCCGCCUACAUCAAAUUGCCGAAGAGAUUCACCGUCAGAUCGAUUCAAACAAAGGAAAGCCUAUAAAGUUUUCCAUUAAGGUAGCCGCUCUUCAAAACUUCCAUUGA